CUCUCUCUUACAGUAGUGUGUGUGUAUAUGUGUAUAUAUAUAUAUUUAUGUAUAUAGUGAAAUUGUUCGAAAGUCACUGAGACAAAAGAAAAGCUUUUCGCUUCUCGAGUGAGGGGGAAGGAAGGGAAAGGAAAAAGAAGAAGAAGAAGCCGCACACAAACAACUAAAAAGAAUUUGAAAUGGCGUCCGGCAAGCUGCUGCACCACACCCUACGCGAGAAGGAGGAGGAGAACGCCCCGGAACUACUCGGAAAGGACCCAACGUAUCAUCCUCGUUCUGAGAAGGUGAAUAAGGUGAAGAAAAGAAGGAAUGCGAUGGAGUUGGGGAGGAAGAAGAAAAGGGUUUCGAAGAAGUCCAGAGGCCCCAAAUCUAAGGAUGCUCAGGUUCGCACGGAUGAUUCAAAGCCCCCACGUGUUGCACGGAAGAGGCGUCGAACCUACGACCUAUUUGAAGACAUGGAAGCCGAGUCGUCAGUAAAGGCGCGAGCACGGCAGGUCCUCGACCACUUGGGAUAUGAGCUCCCGCACUUCACCAAAUGCAUGCUCCCGUCAAAUGUCUCACACGGAUUUUGGCUGCAUCUGCCCAAAAAAUUCUGCAUUACUCACUUUCCCAUCUGUGAUACGUGUAUUACCUUGGAGGACGAAUGGGGCAAUGAGUAUGAAACCUCUUAUCUGCUGGAUAGGUACGGUCUGAGUGCUGGAUGGCGACGUUUUUCCAUAACUCACCGUUUGCUCAAGGGGGACAUACUGAUUUUCCAUCUGAUUGCCCCUUGCAAGUUGAAGGUGCACGUAGUCCGGGUGCAUGGGACGGAAGUCGUGAGCGCAGCACUUUCUCUGUUGGAUAUCAGUGCUUCUGGAAGACGAACUGAUGGUGCUGUUCGGGUAAAGAAAGGAAGUAGGAAGCGCAGAAAGCCACAGUUUGUAGAGCCUUUCUUGUUGGAGUCUCCUGAACCUCUGUUGAGAGGAACGAUAGAGGGCUCGCGCACCACUAUCAGUGACACCAAUGCGCAUCAGCCAGAGGGUAUUAGCUCCAAAGCUGCCGAGGGCAAUGAACCGAGGAAUCAGCCCAAGCCGUGCAACAAUAUCUGCUGCCCACAGACAUCGUUCUUGUGCGACCACACGGGCAAAGGGGUCACUUGCAUGUAAGAAGGCUCUUGUCGAAGAAAUGUAAAUAGCUUGAAAGGUAUGUCACCGGUUAGCUACCCGGUUUUUUGACUUGGAAGGAAUUGAGUCAUAGGAAAUUUCCGGCUAUACAAUACAAAUACAACACAUAUAUACACAUACAUAGAUGUAUAUACUGUGUAAAGCUUUUGAGAUAAUACAUUCUGAGUAUUAAGCCGAGGCCAAAGAUGGGAGAGGGUAACAAGUUAAUUGUUGGAAAUUAAAGAGGUUGUUUUCCAUUUUAU